UUAUAUGUACCCAGAAUAUUGUGUUGCUUAAAGACAAUAACCCUACCCCUUACAUAAAAUUACACAAUCCUAUAACCCUGUAAUACAAAAUGAACCAAGAGCCAGAUAACCUAAUGAAAAUCCUAAGGAUUAUAUGAUUACUGCUUAUACUUCCAUUAAUCACGUUAUUGAUAUCUCACCUACAACAUCUAUCUAUAGAUUGGAUCCUUUCGCUAAGUAUUUAUGUUGUUGGACUAAUACUGUUGGUCUAGAAGAAGUAAGUGCUAUCUAAGAAAGAACCAAAUGGAAACACCCAAAUCUUGUCUCUUUUAUUUUCUUUGAAGAAUAAAGUGAUUAAUUUAGUCAAAACAGACAACUCAAAAUCUUUUAUGAAUAUCUACCCUUAGAUAUUAAAUAGUUGAUUGAUAAAAGAUCAAGAACAUAAGAAUAUGUCCCAGAAGAAGAAAUAUGGAAAAUGAUUUCGGGAUUAUGUGAAGCUUUUGUAUUUCUUUAAAAAAGAGGAAUCACACAUUCUGCCUUAACCUUAGAAUCAGUCUAUUUUGAUGAAGAAUAUUUACUCUACAGAAUUUAAGAUGUAAGCCCAUUCAGAGCAAGAGCACCACAAUUAUUUGAAAAUUAAUAUAAAUCACCUGAAUCAGGAGGAAAUCUUAGAGUUAAUAGGUUUAAAUAAGAUGUUUUUGGAUUAGGGUAUAUAUCUAUCUUUUAUAUUUCAUAGUAUUAUCAUAUUAUCACUUUGCCUUCUCAAAAAUUCUGAUUAUAUCUUUGAAAAUGGAGCAAUCAGUCUUAUUCAUCUUAACGAUUCUUUCGAAUAAUUAAAAUAACUUUAUCCAGGAAGAAUUGAUAUUAUUCUUAAAAAAAUGCUCAUUAUUGAUUUCAAUUUAAGACCUGAUUGGCUUGAAUUACAAUUAUUCUUAACUAAUGUUAAGGAUAUGCAAAUACAUAAUUUUGAUCUUGGCUUAACUAAUAAAUCAUCUAUCUUAAAUUCAUCAUUUUAGUUAUAUCAGUAAUAAUAACAAUAAGUUUAAAAAACUUUUGAUUAAUUAACAUUAAGUUAAGAAAAUAGAGAGAUUACAAAUAACAAUAAUAACACUAAAUUUACUAGUUCUAUCAAUAAUAAUAAUUCCACUCUUAAUAAAACUUCUAAUACAGACUCAGUUGACUAAAAACUCAUUAAUUUAAAUAAAAGAAUCCAAGAAACCUUAUCAAAAAGUUUAAAUAAAAACAUUAGAUGA